AUGUCGACACGUCAGGCAGCCUUAUCACUCUAUCGAAGGUCCUUGAAACUCGCUCUGGACUGGGCUGUUCACCGACACCUUUGGCGUGGCCAAGCUCUCUACAUCCGGUCAUUAUUCGAGGCGAACCGAAAUAUCACCGAUCCGAGACAGCAGAGGGCGCUACUGAAAGAGACAGAAAAACUACUGGACAAGUGGAAGCACCCUGAUCCAUAUGCGCAUCCCACAGCGCCUGGAGGAUCCAAAUAUGAGAGAAACCUGCCAGCCCCGAUAUUAGAUCCCCCCCCGCCGCUGAAGUUUUAA